AUGUCAAACAAUACUUAUCCUCUUCCUUUUCUCUUCCUCAUUAUCACACUAUCUUGCUCCUUCAAUUUCGCAACUGUAAAAUCAUCCACAUUCGAUGUAAUCCAAUUCGGAGCCAAACCAGACGGAAUAACUGAUUCCACUAAAGCGUUCUUAAAUGCAUGGACUAAGGCAUGUUCGUCGCCUAAUCCCGCAGCAAUAUACGUUCCACAAGGGAAAUUCUUACUUGGAACUAUAACAUUUAGUGGAAAUUGUGCUAACAAAGCUAUUUCCAUAACCAUUGAUGGUACUUUGAUUGCCUCAUCUAAUUACCGCGUCACCAGUAAAGCCAGUAACUGGUUGAGCUUUCAGAAUGUAGACGGAGUUUCUAUUCGCGGCGGUGUGCUUGAUGGCCAGGGUACUGCCUUGUGGAACUGUAAAAAUUCCAACAACAGAAAUUGCCCAACCGGAGCCACGACACUGGAAUUUAUCAGCUCAAAAAACAUUAUGAUUAGUGGAUUGACAUCAGUAAAUAGUGAAUUGUUCCACAUAGUGUUUAAUGGAUGCCAAUAUGUAAAAACACAAGAUGUGAAAAUUGUGGCGCCCGGAAACAGCCCUAACACUGACGGCAUCCAUGUCCAAUUGUCCUCUCACGUCACCAUUGUCAACUCCAAAAUUCACACCGGUGAUGAUUGUAUCUCGAUCGGACCUGGCACCAAUAGUUUGUGGAUUGAAAAAAUUGAAUGUGGACCGGGACAUGGAAUAAGCAUUGGAAGCUUAGGAUGGGAGUUAAACGAACCAGGUGUCCAAAAUGUAACGGUUAAAACAGUUACAUUCACAGGAACUCAAAAUGGUGUUAGAAUAAAAUCAUGGGGUAGAGCUAGCAAUGGAUUUGUUAGGAACGUCUUUUUCCAAGAUGCAACUAUGGUUAAUGUCCAAAACCCAAUUGUCAUUGACCAGAAUUACUGCCCUGACAACAAAAACUGCCCCGGACAGGCGUCUGGAAUUAAAAUUAGUGAUGUAACAUAUCAAGACAUUCAUGGAACAUCAGCGACACAAGUAGCUGUGAAAUUUGAUUGUAGUUCCAAGUAUCCAUGCAGUGGGAUAAAAUUGGAAGAUGUAAAACUUACUUAUAAAAAUCAAGUUGCUGAAGCAUCUUGUAACCAUGCUGGUGGUGCUGCACUGGGUUUAGUUCUACCAGAGAGUUGCUUAUAA